AUGUCACAACCAGUCUUCUUUCGGCAAGAAGUCCCUGCUCCCUUUGCUGAAGUUGCUUCGAAUCCGCUGACCAAAGUCAAGCCAGGCUGCGAUGGCGCAUUGAAAGCUGCCAAGGAAGCAGUAGCCAUUGCCAAGAAGUUCGAACGGGAGAAAGCAUUCUUGGCAAAUGCCUACAGCAUGAUGGGACAGUGCCAAGGAAUGGUUGGAAAGAUGAAGGAAGGAUUGAAGUCGGCCAACGAGGCCCUGAGGAUCUCGGAAGAGAGCGGUGAUCGCCGUGGUCAGGCGGCCGCCCUGGUGACCAUUGGCGAGAUCUACUCCAUGAACGGAAAGAAAGAUGAAGCCAGGAAGUUCGCUCACAAGUCUUUGGACAUCGCUCAGAAGAUCAGAGAUCCUCAGAGUGAAGAUGCUGCAUUGCAACUCCUUGAGCAUUUGGAAGGGAAGGGCAAGGGCAAGCAGGACGACUGA